AUGGAAACCCUCUGCAACUACACACACCCCGAUCUCCAAAACACCACCGCCCUCGCCCGCCAACCCACCGGCACCCUCUUCCCCUACAACCCCGACUUCUACGACCUCGCGUCCGGCCUCUACGGCCCAGGCAACAUCUGCACCUGGUAUUUCCUCUUCGCCUCCGUCUUCCUCCACUGGCUCACGGGCCCCCGCGAUGCCGAUGGCCACACCCAUCCAGGCAUAUCAGCCGACCUGAUUGCCGUUGUCGCAUACCCCGUGUUUGCGGCGACCGAUCUGCUCGUGCAGGGGAUCAAGAUGAUUGGGACAGAGGACCGCGCGCUGGCGAUCUUUUGUGUGCGGAACCCGAUUGUGGAGUUGGAGGGGAUGACGGAUGCUUUUACGCAGCAUGAGCCGUUAGAUAUGGCGGGGAUACCGGAGGAGGUGGUACAUUUUGGGCAGCGGGUGGUGGAUAUUACCGGGCCGUUGGCGGUGUGUUAUAUCUUUGUGGAUGUGAGUGUGGUGUUGGCGAUUUCGCUCAUCUCGGAAGAUAUCCUGAGGGAAUAUAUUCCAUGGCGGCCGACGAAAAUGGUUCGGAGGUUCCUUUUUGCCGGGUAUGGGUAUGUUUCAUUGUUGUUGGUGGUGUUUCAUUUCAGUCUAGGGGAUGUGGGUAUUAGUUUCUUCAUCGCCUUGUACGAGAUCAUCCAGCCAUUUUUGAACGCCGUGACGUUCGGGACGACCCUCGUCUUUGGAGGCGCGAUUGUGGUUGGUCUUGUAACGGGCGUUGUUGGGAUAAUCCGUCGGGAUCCGGCUAUGAUGGUGGAUGCGGCAAAGGUGGUGGGUGGUAUGUCCAUCGGCGCCCUGUUCCCGGCGUUUAUGAUCACGAUGACUAUUCUAAAUAGGGUGGCCAUAGUACCAGACCUGGCCGUCACCAUCACCGAGAGGGAUCAGCUUGCGUCGCUCAUAGCGGGAAUUUUGACAUUGGGGGAGCAUGCGGCAUUGGAACUGGCCAUUUAA